GGUUUAAUAUAAAAAAUAUAUAAAUAGCUUACACAACUCAACACCAAAAAAAAAAAAAAAAAGACAAUCUGAUUAAAAAAUGAGCAGAGGACCUGAAUAGACGUUUUUUCCCCAUGGAUAUUUUAGUUGGAAUUUGACAGCAGCUGUGGUAGAAACCUUCAUUUGUUCACUCCUUUAUUAAUUUAGCAAACAUUUAUUGAGUACACUUAUGCAGUGACCGUGCUAUGAGCUAGAAAUGUGACUGGGAACAAAACAGACUAGUUCCUGCCCUUCUGGAUUAUGCUAGCGUGGUGUGCUACCAGAUUAACACAGAGAUCAGAAGAAAAAAAAAUAUUCCUGCUAGUAUGGAACAAAAAAAUCUUUAGCCUUUUUGCACCAAAAGAAAAGGAAUGUGGGAAUUUGGUGAGUUUAAAACAAACCCAGUAACAGAAAAUAGUAUGUAUUACAGGAUUUGGCAAAGAAGAUUUUGGUGAUCUUGAGACAAAGUAGGUCAGUUCAGUCAAGUAGGGCAUUUGGCAGGAGGUGAUACAAAUGGGCCGAGGAAUACAAUGCAGAGGUGAAGUGUGCCACAAGGUGUGCCAUGAAAUGAAGUCUGAGCCAUAAAAACACCUACACUUGAUGCCGUAGGAUCUCUUUCCUUUCAGACUACCCAGAAUGGAGAGUAUUAUUGUCAACCUGGGAAUCACCUACUGAAGAUGUUGUAGGCUCCACCAAAUGAAAAGCCUGGAUCCCCACCCAACCCCACAGAAGAGAGCAAUUAAGGACAGCUCCCUAAAUAAGAAAUAUGCAUUGAACUGUUACCUGUGUGAGAAAUACAAUUUUAUUGGGUUAUGCUACUGUUACUUCUGGGUUUUCUGGGCAAAUGUUCUCUUUGUGUAUAAUGAAUGAGCAAUUAAAGUAGCAGUAGACCCAAUUAUUAUAAAUGCUUUUUGAAAAAAAAAUAUGGCAAAAAAUGGGAGGCAUUUAGAGAGAUAGUCCAAAGGAAAGAAAAUCCAAAUUGUUGUUUGCCUGAACAGGGAGAUCUUGAUCAUAUCUGGAAGCUGAUGAGGUAGCAGGAAGAGCUUAUAAAACAAGAAGAACAUGUAUACAAUGCAGCACAUGAGACAGGCAAUGAACAUGAGAAUUCAGAAUCAAGGUAACAAUUACAGAAGAUAUUGUGGGAGUGUCCUAGAGCUGACACAAAACCGACUUUAAGAUCUGGGACAGGACACUGACCAGGAAAAGGACCCUUCUUCUUGGUCUGUCCAGUCAGAAAUUCAGAAAUGGGCCAUCAGUGCCGCCUUAGGGGAGGAUAGAGGAUACCUGGGGCAUCUGAGCUCAUUUAGUGAGAGAAAAGAGCAGGGCUACCAGGCCAGGAAACAUGCCCAAGAGGACUCAUUAACAUCUUGUUUCCUGGACCAGCACUUCCAGGGGAGGCCAUUUCAGCUGAGAAGAUAAGUCCCUGUGAAUGUAGGAAUGGAAUAAAGCAGAGGGGGGAGGGGUCAUGGGAGAGGAGCCAGAACAGCCUCCCCAGAGACAGUGAGGCCAAGCACAGCAGGGUCUCCCUUGGGGAGCUCUUCCAAUAUCUACUUCUUCCAGAUUCCUGCUGCUCUCAUCCUUGCUCCCAGACCCUAGCAGGAGUAAAUGGCAGUCUGAGCAUCUGGACCCAAGAACUCAGCCUGACAACUUCUCCAGAGCUGGAUGGGUUCUUGACCUAGGGAACUGAGUGACAGAAACAGUUUCUGCUAAUUCUCUAUGGGUGUGAGAGCAGGAAAUCCAUCACUGAAGUAAGAGCGCCACAGAAACUACCCAAGGACUGAACUAGCCCUCUGUCUCCACUGCAUCUCCAGAGAAGACCUUUAGAAGAAUAGAAGGACCAGAAGGGGCCCUGACAGCUAUAUUGGUCAGACUCCUCAGACUCUUAACCCAGCUUAGCAAAACUUCAACCAGUUGGACACUGCUGGAAAAGCCUCACCCUUUCCCCAUUUCUACAGGAAAAUCCUUCACCUUCAAACAACCCACAGGGCCGUUUGCACGUUUGGCCAUCUGGGCUUCUCACUACCUGAGGUAAGGGCUUUGUCUCUCUGUCAGGGAAGUGUGCAGCCUCUAGGAAUGCUGAGUUGAGAAACAGAGCCCAAAACAGACCCUAAGAACUUAAGCCACUCUGUCUUCCAGAUUCUCUAGUGCUUUGGGGCCUGUACUUGAUCCUAAUGCCCUCUAUUCUUGGUUUUCUAAACAUGAAGAAAAAUCAGUGAAAAUGAUGAAGGAGACUGUGCCACAUCCCAGGCCAGGGUGUCUGCUUCCUGGUGGAAAUACCAGUACCUAUCUUUAGCACUCCUGGGCUUUCUGCCCUCUGCUCAGAGAUUUUUGCCCCUAUCUGGUAAAAAAUGUCUCCAAAGGGCCAUCUAAGAGCAAAUGAUAUGCCCGUCAUAUGCUCUAAUAAUACCUUUUGUGCCAUUAAAAUCCUGUGGACCCAGAAGAGACCCGUAGGGGAACCAGUGAAAUGUCCAAAUAUAGUAGCCACAGUAUAGGGGAAAGAUUUAGAGAAACAUGCUUCUCUUACAGAUUCUUUAACACAUGUUCAGAAUUGGAUUUAUCUGCCUAGUUCCCAUGAUGCAUGACAUCGAUACCUGUCAAUCCCAAGUCCCGGUCUCUUCUGACUUUUCUGGGGUGGGAUACCACAUUCCAAACGUGGCUUUCCAGAACAGGAGUUCAUCCUCCCUACCCCCACGACCCUUCAAUCCAGUGGAGAUACUCUGGUCCUGCAAGAAGGAGAGUGGGGAUCUGGGUCGGGUGCACAAGAGGGAAGCUAGGAUUAAUGAGCCUGAUUACAGCAUACAGCACAUGCUCUAUUGUUGCCGGCACCUUUCACCGUUUUCCCCAAACACAAACACUCUGAUAUUCCUGGGCAGAGCCUCAUCAGUUAUCAGAUUUUUGAGUUUUCCCAGGCUCACAUGUUGUCAUAGCCUGUAAAGAAACACCUAUGUCCUUUCAUCCAAAAGGUUUAGCUCGUAAAACCAACACCAUGUCAAACACAUCACCCCUUAGUCUGAGACAGUCUAGAAUUCCUUCUCUCUCAGGCACAUGGAGAGUGUGGAGCUGGCCCAGAGAGGUGACUAAGGUGGACGUACUUUAGCUCUUCCCAUGAUGCUUCCAUCUACAGCCUUGAGUGCUGCAAACAAAUGUGGACAUAGGCUGUAUGGAAAAUGAGUGGAAGUGCUUUGUUGAAAAAAACAUUUCUGUACCUGCUUUAGAGUUUUAUAUUCAGAAUAGGUCUAUUAGAAUACUAACUGGGCAUGUAAAUCAGUCAUCAAACAUUAUACUUAAACCUAGGUACAAAAAUAAUCAAGGGCUUAUGUGUUAGAAUAUUACUUUCUAGUACAUAAGCUACCUUUAAGAGAGGGAUAAUUUAAUCAUUCUGGAAAGAUACUUGUCCAGGUUUGGUGUCCUGAAUAAUACUUUCGUGUAUUGACCUCUCAAUGUUUAGUUAUUACUAUGAUGCCUGCUCUCCAUUUAGAUGGUUCUUUCAUCAAUAUACAAUUAAAAGUGUCAGAAACGGAGAGAUCAAGAGUUAAAGUCAGAGUCCAAUAGGAAAGGCAACACCUCAUUGUAUUCAUGAUACCUCACAAUUCCAUGUCCCUGUCUCUUCUGACUUUUCUGGGCUUGGGUACAACGCUCCAAAUGUGGCUUUUCCAAAUGGGAGUUGGAUUCAAUUAGAGUCCUGUGAUGUUACAAACUAGGGACCACCUUUGCAAAAAUUCACUGAGAAUGUGUUUGGUUCUAGGCAACUAAAGAAACAAUACAGAAUGGAGUACUGGAACUCCACCCUGGGCAGUGGCUUUAUAUUGAUGGGGAUUCUGAAAGACAGUGGGUCUCCUGAACUGCUCUGUGUCAUAAUCACAGUCCUGUACAUGUUGGCCCUGACCAGCAAUGGCCUGCUGCUCUUGGUCAUCACAGUGGAUUCCCGGCUCCACGUGCCCAUGUACUUCCUGCUCGGGCAGCUCUCACUCAUGGACCUCCUCUUCACAUCUGUUGUCACUCCCAAGGCGCUCAUGGAUUUUCUGCGCAGUGAAAACACCAUCUCCUUUGCGGGCUGUGCCCUUCAGAUGUUUCUGGCAUUGAUGCUGGGUAGUGCAGAGGACCUGCUACUGGCCUUCAUGGCCUAUGAUAGAUAUGUGGCCAUUUGUCAUCCUCUGAACUACAUGGUCUUCAUGAGGCCAAGGGUCUGCUGGCUCAUGGUGGCCACAGCAUGGAUACUGGCAUACCUGAAUGCUCUAGGACAUACCUUCUAUACCAUGCAGUAUCCCUUCUGCAAAGCCCAAAAGAUCAGGCACCUGCUCUGUGAGAUUCCACCUUUGCUGAAGUUGGCCUGUGCAGAUACCUCCAGAUAUGAACUCUUGGUGUAUGUGACAGGGGUGAUUUUCCUUUUGCUCCCUCUUUCUGCCAUUGUUGCCUCCUAUGCACUAAUCCUGUUUACUGUGCUUCACAUGCCCUCAAAUGAGGGGAGGCACAAAGCCCUAGUCACCUGCUCUUCCCAUCUGACUGUGGUUGGGAUGUUCUAUGGAGCUGCCACAUUCAUGUAUGUCCUGCCCAGUUCCCUCCACAGCCCCAAGCAAGACAACAUCACCUCUGUUUUCUACACGGUUGUCACUCCAGCCCUGAACCCCCUUAUCUACAGCUUGAGGAAUAAGGAAGUCAUGGGGGCUUUGAAGAGAGUGCUGGGAAAAUACAUGCUGUAGACACGUUUCACCAUCUAGGGAGAGCUUAUGGCUAGCCCUCAAAAUUUAUUCGUCUUUGAAGUCAGAAGAAAUCUGCUAAUACUCAUGGUGCAAACACUAUAACUCAGAGUGUAUCUUUUAAUAGAAAAAUGAAGAAGUGUGACCUGACUUCUGAAAUGAUUUUGUGUGUCUGUAUUUUUACCAUUUUACUUUAUUUUAUUUUUUCAACUACAGUUGACAUAGAAUGUUACAUUAGUUAGGUGUGCAACAUAGUGAUCUGACAAGUCUAUACUUUAUGCUGUGUUCACCACAAAUGUAGCUACCAUCUGUUACCAUACAGCACCAUUACAAUAUCAUGGACUGUAUUCCCUUUCAUCCCCACUGUACCUUUUAUCCUGGUGAUGUAUUCAUUCCCAACUGGAAGCUUGUAUCUCCCACUCCUCUUGACCCAUUUUCACCAUCCUUCCAUCUGUUCUGGCAACCACGAGUUUAUUCUCUGUAUCCAUGGUCUAUUUCUGUUGUUUCUUUGUGUGUUCUUUUGUUUUGUUUUCAUUCCAUGUAUAAGUGAAAUCAUAUGGGAUUUGUUUUU